CCGUGAAUAGACUUUAAAGAGCCCUCAACCUUGACUUUACAAUUUUUUUCUGUGAACAUACACAUACAUACACUAUUUAGACACAUAGAAAUAUCACUUACUUCAUGACUACAAAAAACACUAGGUUAAUUAAUGGAUUAGAUAAGAUAAAUGAUAUGGAACUUAUGCAAUUAGUACUUUUAGAGUCCACUCCUAAUAAUUCGCCUGAAGUUCAACAUAAAUGUGAAAUUAUUGAAGAUGAUAUUGUGGAAACAUUACUUCCUGGUGAUAAAUUAAUCAAUCGGAUUAAAAGAUUGAUUGCUCGACGAUGCAUUCUCUCUUGCAAACAUCCUAUUACUAAAUCCUGUAUAAAAAGUAAUGCUGCCGUUAAAAAGGAAAUAAUUAAGCAUAUUCAACUUCAUCCUUAUAUGAUACAUCCAUUUAGUGAAUUCAGAAAGCUAUGGGAAAUAUUUAUGAUCAUUUUUACAUUAUCUUCUCUUUUAAUAAUCCCUUGUUUCAUUGCUUUCCAAUUCAAUGAUCCUCAUAAAUGGAUUUAUAUUGUUAUAGCAAUUAAAUCAAUAUUCCUUUUUGAUAUUAUUUUAUUUUUUUUUACUGGUUAUUUUGAUCCAGAGACCAGAAAUAUUAUUUUUCAUAGAAAAGUUGUAUGCCAAAAAUAUAUUAAACAUUUUAUGCUGGAUUUAUUAUCUGCAUUUCCUUUUGAAUUAAUUUUUGUCACUAUACCUACCUUGAAUGACAAUGAUUCAAUGGUUUAUGUGUCAGCACUGAAUUUAUUGAUGAUACUCCGAAUAAGAAAUCUUGUUUCUUAUUUACAAAUUUUUCGAAAAUUCUAUCAGAUAUCAUUCCAAAUGUAUAAAAUUAUUGAAAUGUCAGUGAUCAUACUAAUUAUUAUUCAUUGGGCGAGUUGUUUGGAAUUAUUGUUUCCACUGAUUGGAGAAAAAUACAGUUGGGCAAGACGUCCUAAUCAAAUAUCUUGGAUCAAUUCAGAGGCAUUAAAAAGAAAAAACACUGCAGCAAAAAUGUAUGCAAGUUGUGCUAAAAGAGCUGUGAUAGCUUUAACUGGUAGCUCUCAUCAUCUAGAUGUUAAAACAAGAGAGGAUAUAUUAUUAAAUUCAUUUCUGUCCGUACUUGGGAGAGUGGGUAUCAUCUACAUGCUAGCACAAUUUUCGCAAUUGAUGACGAUGUUUUAUUCAACAAAGAAAAAAAACAUUAAAUCAUUACAUCAACUGUUGGAGUAUAUGCGUUAUAAAAAACUUCCUCGACAUGUACAGCAAAGAAUAUUGAUUUAUUUCCAUUAUUGGUCAAACAAGAGCUCAAAAAGAGAUAAGAUGAUUAUUUCUAGUGUUUCUUCUAAUUUAAAAGAAGAACUAUUGAUGCACAAAUAUUCAAAGUUAAUAAAAAACGUGGAGUUCUUCAAGCAUCUACCUGAUCAUGCUAUUUCUCAAGUAAUAAUGUAUCUUAAGGCAGAAAUAUAUUUAACUGAUGACGUUUUAGUUGAAGCUGAUAGCAUUUGUGAUACUAUGUUUUAUAUUAUUUGCGGGACUGUUGCGGUUUAUACUAAAUCAAAGAGAAGAGUAUGCUAUUUAGAAGAAGAUUCAUACUUUGGUGAAAUUGGUUUGGUUUUACAAAAUGAGAAAAGACCAACAACAAUAAUUGCAAUGGAGACUUGUGAAGUUUAUUUACUUCAUCGUGAUGAUUUUUUAAAAAUUAUUGAGUCUUAUCCUUAUUUGAUCAAUCGAUUACAAAAGUUGAUUAUAGGAAAGUUGGAAAAAUUUUCGUCGAGUCAAACUUUCCAUAAAUUUGAUGAGCCUCAAUUAACAAACAUUGAUGUCUAUGAUGAAUCUAGUGAAGUUAGAAAUAUUUGAUGAUAAAGUUUAUCGUUAUUUUAUGCAGCAAUAAGAUGUUAUAUAUACAUAUGAAUGUUCAAAAGUUUUAUAAAUAAAA